CUUUCUGAGGUCCCUUUAUGUGAUUUUCGCGUUUUGUGCUGCCCUCUUUUUUGGUGCUCUCAAAAGUUAGUAGCUUUUUUUUCCAUGUUUUGUUUAACCCUUUUCUGUUUUGCUUGUUCUGAUAAUGAAUUCUUUUUCCAAUUCUUUUGGCAUACUGUUUGUGUUUUGAUGAUCAUCUUGUGCUGUGGUUCAGGUUUGCUGGUGGGUCCUAUUGCCGGUCUAAUACUCAUAAUUGGGAAUGUUGGGGUGAUUUUGGGUCUCUUCCCAGCACACUUUGUCUGGACUGCCUACACUAUCUACGAGUAAUAAUUAUCUCUGCUUCCUUGAUUGCUAUCUAUUAUCGCUUUGUGUCUGUCGUUUAUGAUUAUUCUGCUUGGAACUUUUGUAUUUGAAGACCCAAUAUUUUUACUUGUUCUUAAAGAUUUUCCCUCCAACUAUCACAGGACAAAUAGAUUUGAUGCACCGCUGAAAGUUGCACUGUUUUUGGGCUUGCCUGGCUUAUUUGGUAUCUGGUUGGGUUUAAGCAUAGCUGCAAGUGUUUUUGUGGGCGUAGGAUAUGGGUUUUUCACUCCUUGGGUUUCGGCUUUUGAGGCUUUCAGACAUGAUGAUGACUCCAAGAAGUUCUUCCAUUGUGUUGUGGAUGGAACCUGGGGGACUAUCAAAGGAAGUUGCACAGUUGUUCGAGAUUUUGCAGAUUUAUGCUAUCAUUCUUACCCACUUUACCUGCAAGAAUUGCGGGAAUCACCUUCUUCCCAGACGAUUGAACCUCUCAGGCUCAUCCACAUUCCAGGAUGUAUUAUUGCUGGUAUUUUGGGCCUGAUUGUGGAAAUCCCUCUGUAUACGGCUAUUGCCAUUGUGAAGAGUCCAUACAUGCUGUUCAAAGGUUGGCAGAGAUUGAUACAUGACUUGAUCAGCCGAGAAGGGCCAUUUCUGGAAACAGCUUGCAUUCCCAUUGCUGGUUUGACCAUCCUUCUCUGGCCGCUUGUUGUAAUUGGUAGCAUUAUAGCCGCCAUUUUUACCAGCUUCUUCAUUGGAUUAUAUGCCUCUAUUGUUGUAUAUCAGGAGAGAUCAUUCAGGAGAGGCAUUGCCUAUGUGGUUGCUAUGGUAGCUGAAUUUGAUGAAUAUACAAAUGAUUGGCUUUAUCUUCGAGAGGGAUCCAUCCUUCCAAAGCCUCGAUAUCGAAAGAAGAAGAUUUCCAACUCAUCUGAACUUGCUACCGAUCAAAAGGCAACAGUAACAGUGAAAUUCAGCUCAGUUCUGACCGAAGCCCCUAGUAUGAUUGUUCCAAGAUUGUCAUCAUCACGAUCAGUGAGGGAGGCUAUACAAGAAGUGAAAAUGGUCCAGGUAUGGGGACACAUGAUGAGGGCAUGCGAAGUGAGGGGCAAACAAUUGUUGGAUGCUGAUGUGAUAACUACAGCCGACCUCUAUGGGUGGUUGAAGGCCAAAAACGGCAGCGAAAACCCCAUCAUAGAUUUUGGAUUGCCUUGUUACGCAUUCUUGCAGACCAUAAUUCACUCCAUAAAUGCCGGAUCAGAUGGUCUAGUGCUUCUCGAUGGCCUUGAGGUUACUCACCUGAAUCGACCUCAGGACAGGUUGUUUGAUUGGUUCUUCCAUCCCAUUUUGGUCCUCAAAGAACAGAUAAGAGUAAUACAACUCGAAGAUUUUGAGCUGAAGUUUUUGGAGAAAAGGGUUCUCUUUGGAAAUGACACAGCACGCUUAAAGGCUUGGGACAAUGGCGGUUUGAUGCCUGAAGAUACACUAAAAGCUGCUCAGAUUGAGGGCAUCAGCAGGAGGUUGAUUGGAAUGAACAGAAGCAUUGCGAAAUUCCCUACUUACAGGAGGAGAUUUAAGCAGGUUGUGAAGACGUUGAUCAUUUAUUCGAUAGCAAGGGAAGAUUCCGCUAAUUCUUCUGCAUCAUAUUCAGCAAACAUGAAACAUUUCAAAUCAGCAUCUGUCAGAGUGGUGGCAUCCAGAGACAUGGUCUAA